ACCCGAAUGCAAGGACUCGUUUGUUCACCUGGAGCCACGGUUAACUUGAGACACCAUGCUGAGUUAAGACUUCAGUGAGUUUGCACGAAUUUGCACAGAAAGGCAGCGGACUGCUGCACUUUGCAUAUCUUGCGUCCAGCCCAGUGUUUGAAAACGGAAGUGAUGAUAAGAGUACAGUACAGAAACAGUUAAAAUGCAUUUGUUGUACAACAGCUUGCAAUGCGCUCUUUGCUCCUCUAACGGGCUAGUGUUAUAAAUAACAGGAUCGUGCUAGUUGGGGGAAAGGAUCAACAGACUAGUAAGUUGCCACUAAAAGAACCAAGGGGUAUCUGAGACGUAGUCUGUCAGCCAUGGAGGAGCUGUUUGGCAAGAAUAAACGGGAAUGUCCGGAGCCUAUAAAGGCAGAUGUGCAAGGUCAACUGCCUGACUGGCUUCAAGGACUACUUAUUCGAAAUGGACCAGGCAUGCACACAGUGGGAAAUUCAUCCUACAACCAUUGGUUUGAUGGACUGGCAUUAUUGCACAGUUUCCACUUUAAAAAUGGUGAGGUUUUCUACAGAAGCAGAUAUCUUCACAGUGAUACUUACACAGUCAACAUGCAAGAGAACAGAAUUGUUGUAUCAGAAUUUGGUACUAUGGCUUAUCCAGACCCUUGUAAAAAUAUAUUUUCAAAGGCUGCUACCUUCUUGGCAAACACUAUUCCUGAGUUUACUGACAACUGUCUGAUAAAUAUCAUGAAGUGCGGUGAGGAUUUCUAUGCUACCUCUGAAACGAAUUUCAUCAGAAGGAUUGACCCAAGCACACUAGACACAAUGGAAAAGCUCGAUUAUUCAAAAUAUGUAGCAGUAAAUUUGGCUACAUCACAUCCACAUUAUGACAGCGCAGGCAAUAUAUACAAUAUGGGAACCUCCAUUGCCGAAAAGGGGAAAACAAAAUACAUGAUUAUAAAGAUUCCUUCCACUAUUCCAGAGGGUGGAAAGAAAAAAUCGUGUUUCAAAUACAUGGAGGUUGUGUGCUCUAUCCCGUCCCGAUGGCUACUAAAUGCAUGCUAUUACCAUAGUUUUGGAAUGACUGACAACUACAUCAUCUUUAUAGAGCAGCCAUUCAAACUGGAUCUUCUCAAACUAGCUACAGCCUACAUGCGAGGUGUCAAUUGGGCUUCUUGUCUUGAAUUCCACCCUGAAGACAAGACUUUAAUUUAUGUGCUUGACCGAAAAACAAAGAAAAUAAUACCCGGUAAAUUCUACACUGACGCACUUGUGACUUUUCAUCAUGUCAACGCUUAUGAGGAGGACGGUCAUGUCAUAUUUGACAUUAUUGCCUAUGAGGACAAUAGUCUUUAUGAAAUGUUCUACCUGGCUAACAUAAAAACUUCUAAGGAUUUUGAGGAUAAAAACAAGUGCAAGUCAAAGCCAACAUGUAGAAGAUUUGUCAUACCCCUUCAGCAUGAUAAGGAAGCUCCUGUGGGUGCUAACAUUGUCAAGCUAACAUCUACCACAGCUACUGCACUUAAAGAAAAAGAUGGAAAUAUAUACUGUGUUCAUGAGACAUUAACUGAUGGGAUUGAGUUACCUCGAAUUAACUAUGGAUAUAAUGGCAAAAAGUAUAGAUAUAUAUAUGCUGCUGACGUAGACUGGAAACCAAUUCCAACAAAGAUAAUGAAGUUUGAUAUUCAGACAAAACAGAAGUUGACUUGGGAAGAGGAGCACUGUUGGCCUGCAGAACCAGUGUUUGUUGCCGCUCCCAAUGGCAAAGAGGAAGAUGAUGGUGUCCUUUUGUCAUCAGUUGUGUCUUCAGAUCCUAAAAAGUCUCCUUUCUUGCUUGUGCUAGAUGCCAAAACAUUCAAAGAAGUUGCACGGGCAUCUGUAAAGGCAGAUAUUUUUCUAGAUCUCCACGGCAUCUUUGUGUCUGAGGCUGACCUGCCUAGAAAUAUCAGUAAAGAAACAUGAAGACUAAAAGUAUUAUUCUUUGAAAAACAGUCAGAACCUCAUGUUUGUUGACUAUUUUAUGUGUAAUUUUCGUAUCCUGUCCUGUAUGUACCUCUUGCUGCCUUCUUUACUUUUAUUGCAUCUCAUGUGUUUACCUGAGCAUGUAUUGUCGAACCUUUGAUGACUUCAAGCAGGAUUGCUUGUGCUUUCUUCCAUUCUCUGUCUGUCUGUAUCAUGGAACAAAACUGAUUUUGCAAGGUAAUGUACUACUUUGCAAGUGACACGUCAGAUGCAGGGAAACAGUAAGGAUGGGCAAGUGUUGUCAGUGACAUUUUUCUGAGCAUACAUACAAGUGUUGUGUAUUACAAGUUGUUGGUUUUCCCUUUUUUAGUGCAAUGACUAGUCCUAGAGGGCAGAUCUCAGUAACUUCUUAAGAGCAUGUAAAAUUAUAUUUGAUAAAAACUUAUUGGCACAUCACUUGGAAAUCUGCCUGAUGAAGGCAGUCAGGAUAGGUAUUUUCUGUGAUGUUGGGCAAAGAAAGAAAGAUUAAUUUACCUGCUGGCAGUCAAAAAGAAUUCAUAGAACUGUGCAUAGUACACAAGCUGGAGAAAUAUUUUUGUUAACAAAUGGAAAUGAUAAUGCUGUAUUUUAUGGCCUGAUUUAGUCUAUAUAAAUAUAUAUAUAUAUAUAUAUAUAUAUAUAUAUAUAUAUAUAAAACACGCACACACUCAUAUGGGACUGUAAAAUAACGAGAGAACAUCAUACUGAAACUGUUCCUAGUAUGAACUAUUUCGAAGUUAGCUUUUCUAAUCUAAAGUGUUUUUGUGUGGGUUCUCUUCCCUGUGUGUAUAUGUAAUAGUCACUGCAGCUGUCUCAUUUUGUUUCAGAGGUUCUGAUUUUUAUAAUUCUGUCUUUUGAUGUUGAAUCUUAAGAAAUCUAAGUUCUGCUGCUAAUUAUAUUUAUAGAAAGGACCGUAUGUGACUGUACAUAAUUUGCUGUACAAUGCAUUUAUUUAUAUAAUACAAUAAGAGACACACAGGAAUACUCUUCUGCUUAUAAAUCAUUUAAACAUUUUUUACAGUUAAAAUGUUUAAACUUAAAAGCCAAGACUCUUUAUUCCUCAGUUUGGACCAAUAUUCAUAGGUAGUGUUAGACAAGGAGUUCAUUUUCAGAUAUGAAUUUUGUAUGAAAUUCAAAUAACUGCCUUGAUAAUUAACCUUGUGCUGCUAUUACCAGUGGAUAAUUGAUAAGGAUUAAUUACAUUUCUUUUUGAGAUCCUUGCUGUAAGUUGCUUUUUGAUUGACACAUUACAGUUAGAAAUGUUUCUGCCUGUAAAUGUGCACAGAGAGGCACUUGUACAUAACUGCAACUAAGUCACACUUAAGUAUUUUAUUGUAAGUCAGCAAAAGGUCAUACUAAAAGACGCGUUUAAUUCUAAGAGAGUAUGGCACAGCCAUAAAACUACUAUUUCCUUAGUCCCUACUGUACAUUACAGUUUUCUUUAAAAUACAUUUAAUUGCUUUGGCAAAUCAUUUCAUUUCAGUCAAAAAAUAAAGUGUUGAAAUGCAUUAAACAUAUUUUAUUUUACCUUCUGCUUGGGAAUAAUGGCUAUGACAUGGUGUCACACUGCAGUGGUAUUGGACAUUAAUUGCCUAUGUUGUUAUGCCUUGAUAAUUAUGAAAACAUUACCUUCUUGAAUUUCAGAGAUUUUUCUAUACAACGUACAAGGCUGUUAGUCUCCAACCCUCAACAUUUCAUUAAGAUAAUUUUCCACCAAAAGAACCUCAGUGCCACUUCAGUUUAUUUACUUCCCACUUCUUAGACAGUCUUGAAUUAACAGUUGUCUAAAUAUGUCUUUUUGUUUUAGUAAAUUGAAAUAGCACCAUGCUAAGUAUGCCACAGUGGUGCAGUGGAUAACAUUGUCGCCUCACAACAAGAGGCUCUCCAGUUUGAUUUUCGGCUGGAGUUCCUUCUGUGUGGAGUCUGCAUGUCCUCCCUGCGAUUGACUGAAUGUUAAAAGUCGUGCAGGUAGGUGCAUGUGUCUGUGUGUGUGCCUUCUCUGAAGGUCGGGCACCAGGCUCGCAACUUGGCACAGUAAAAAUCCACUGCCAAUUAUAAGCGGACCAGUGAUCCGCUGUGGUGACUCCUAACUGGGAGAAGCCAAAAGACCAUGCUAAGUAAUAGAAACACUCUUUCAACAGACUGAAACCCAGAAAAUUACCAGUGAAUAAUUGAUAAGGAUUAAUUACAUUUUUUUUGAGAUCCUUGCUGUACGUUGCUUUUUGAUCAAAACAUUACAGUUAGAAAUGUUUUUGCCUGUAAAUGGGUAGUAAAAACUAAUAGAAAUUAUAUUGUUUUAUAUAAUUUUAGGACACAACAAACCAAUGUGGAAUGUAGUGUAGAAUUUAGUCAACCGAAACACAUGUGCUGACAUAGGUUUAGACAAAUUAACUCCACAACUGACAUUUUACUACUCCCUUGUUUCCACUUUAGCAAAUUUACUCCCUAUUUACAUGUAGUUACAUCUGGCUUCUAGAGGCAGUGUACAGCUGAGCAGAUAUUGACUGCAAGCUCUUAUAAGUACUGGUUAGUAUGUGUCUUAACUUGGAGUUCAUAUGUCAGGUACUCAUAAAAUGUGUUGCAGCUUCAAAAAAAAAAGAACUUGAAAAGUAGAUUUUGCAAUACUCUAGUGCUGCUGCAAAAUAGUUUUUUCUAAUUAACAAUAAUCACACCACAAACUGUCAUUAGUAUGCAAAAAUGUACAUACUAAUUGGACAGACAAUUAGAUGUUCAUUUAAACUGAGCACACCUCAAGGAAAACUGAAACCAUACACAAAAGAAUAGUAAAACAUCAUAAAUCUCUGCAGGUGUUGCUGCUGAAAAUAAAAACUACAGAUAACCAUAUUCUCUGCACCACUAAACAGAGAAACUGAUGUCAAACACCAGUAAAACUUAACCAAAAAUUCAACAACUCACUCAAGCAAGUCAGAAUCAAGCAAAUGUGCUAAUAUAAUCAGCUGGAUACAUAUGUAGUCCUGACGACUUAAAAAAUGUGGCAGAAACUGCAUUUUUAAAAAUAUUUGUAUUUAUUUUUUAUAUACAUUUGCAAGCACAUUAAUAAAGUAAAAACAAAUAACUAUUUACAUGAGCACCACCAUCCAUUUUUACUAUGUACUUCGCUAGGAUUGAUUAAACAGCCAAACAGUAUGAAGUGAUAAUAGAGUGUAGAUUAAGAUUUUUCUAUUAGUAAGUUCAGGUUUACUCACUAAUGGUAUUCUGCUGUCAUUUUGUUUAUUUUCAGUUUAAUAGUAGACAUUUUAUUUUGGUACACAACAGCCACAGUAUUUAUGCAUUCUGUAAAUGACAUUGUAACCUCAUUUUUCAAAGUUUUUGUGAUUAUUUUCCUGGCCGUUUUUAAUAAGCUCCACAACAGUGGGAAGUGAGACUUGGACACACAUCCAGCACCAACAUUUUAGUUAGUAUAAAUUUGUCACACCACAAUGCUUUUAGAAAGCAUUUUUUUUCCCCCAUAGGGAUGUAGAACUUUGCAAUCAAAACCAAAUUCCUGCCAGUAUGGUUUGAUUUAAGAGUUUACACUUUAAACAAUGAACACCUUCCUUUUUGUUUAUCAUUUCAGUUUUAUAUGAAGCGACAAAUAAUCUAUGUAGAAGUUUCCAUGAGAAUAAUCUCCAAAAUAAAGAUUAUAUAUUUUUAAGAUACUAAAAUAUUUUUAUCUGUUGUAGUUAACAUUGAGAAUUGUAUUUUACAAACAUAAUCCCAAUAGUUAUCUUUGAUACAAAAUGUAUAGCUUGGCAGAAAUGAUAUGCAAGCAUAAACACAUAAUGCCCUGUGCAGUGUUCAUCAGUCAGAUAUGCCUAGAUGAUACAAGAGGUAGAGGGAGAUUAAAGACCCUUCAUACAAUUACAUCAAAAAAGGUAAGACAUUUAUUUUUUAAUAAUGUCGUGUAACAGUAACUUAUGGCCUUUUGUGAACAGUUUGCACUGUUUGAUCGGCCAGACUUUGCCCUUUUCAUCAAACUAUGCCGUUCUGUACAAAACCUUGAAUUACCCCAUGCCCACCCAAGGAUUACUGAUAAAAUAUCAUUAUAGUUUUCAUAUACAUACAGACUGUUGUAUAUACAUAUACUUGCAGUAUAAAGUUCUACUGUAUAUAGGUUGUUAAAUAAUUUUAGAGACAAGAAGCACAUUUGUGUUAAUAUCAACUGUUGUUUAAAUGUAUUUCAUAUGUUUUAAAGUUUUUCUGAUUAAAACUGAAUAUGACUAGAAA